CUUAAACCGAGUCAACAUGAUCAUCGCAUCUCUCAAAACCCAUCAUGGCUUCCACUUCCUCUUCUUUUCUUUCAUCUUUCAGCUCCACAGCUCAUUUCUAUGGCUCAAAUUUUGUGGGCAAUGAAGGUCAUUCCCAUCCCGUGUCUGUCAAACUCCGCCCACUACGUAUAUCAGCCGCUUGUGCAGCAACGGCGGAGAGAACAGCCUCUCAAUUCAUUGGGUCACCACCAGCGGCGGCUUCCCUUUACGAAGUUCUGGGGAUUCAAACCGGUGCCACAUGUCGGGAAAUCAAGACUGCUUACCGGAAGUUGGCAAGAGUUUUACACCCAGAUGUAGCAACUAACAGUCAAAAGGAGAUUAAAGCUUAUGAGUUCAUCAAGGUACAUGAAGCAUACGAAACUCUUUCUGAUCCGGAAAAGCGAGCAGAUUACGACCGUUCCUUAUUCAAGCGAAGAAGGCCACUGAGUUCUCCUUUUGCAAUGUCAGGAGGGAUAACUACAAUGGCUACCACGUCAAAUUCAAAAUUUUCCGGCUAUACACGGCGGUCUUGGGAAACUGAUCAAUGCUGGUAGCUAGGAAAUGCUAAAUAGUGUGAUGUAAAUAUCUAUAAUUGCUAUUGAAACUAAAACCAGGCGGCAUUUUUACAGCCUGGAAGUAAUGAAGAUUUCAGUUCGUUAAAAA